UUCACUUCAAGAGUGGUUUAAUGCGGCGGUUAAUGAGAAAGAAUUCGAUGAAAUCCGAUAUGAUGACUUGAAAGAGCUUGUUCUUAUUGGUCGUGGGGCUUUCGGAGAAGUCUAUUCGGCGAAUUGUGUGUCUACUAACAAUACGGUUGCAGUAAAAAAGCCUGUAUAUAGUCCACCAUCACAAAUGCCGGUAAACAGCGGAAGUUUGAACACACUUUUGUCAUCUAUAAGCUCAGGAAAUAAUCCGACAUUAAUUUUUGAUGAAAAUCUUGCGGUUCCAUUAAAGUUGAACGAUGAAAUACCUCCUGAUUAUGGUACUUGUAAAUGUGGACAUAAAUUCACUGAUGUCGAAUGGUGCAAUGAAUGUGAAUCUGAAAAUUUUCGCAGAAAUUUUAACUCUUGGACGAGCGGCGAUCAACGUCUUGAUGAAUUAAUAAAGGAAUCACAACUAAAAGCGACCCACGUGUCUGAUUAUAUUGAAUGGAUAGAACACGAUCAAUUAAAAGAUAUAGAAAGAAUUGGACAAGGUGGAUUUUCCACGGUUUCUUCAGCAAUAUGGUGUGACGGACCACGAGAAGAAUGGGAUGAGGAAACGGGUCAAUGGGAAAGAGCUUUUAAUACUAAAGUAGCCAUAAAGUAUCUUGUCACAUCUGAGCUAGAUGCUUCUAUAGUUCUGAAUGAGGCUAAAUUAUACGUAUGUUGCGAUAAGAUUAUUCGGUUAUAUGGGAUUACAAGAGAUAAUGUAACUGACACGUACGGAUUAAUUCAAAAGUUUGCAAGUUAUGGUAGUUUACGUUCUUUUAUCAAGGGAAGGCCUUUUAUUGGAUGGUGGCAAAAAUUAAAGAUACUAGAAGGAAUUAUUCAAGAUUUAAGUCAAAUUCAUUUAAAAGCUGGUUAUUGUCAUCGAGAUUUACAUCCAGGAAACGUCCUAAUCGAUCAGGAUGAAUUAAGUGUAUCAGUGUUAAGCGCAUAUAUUAUUGAUUUUGGAAAUGAAGAUCAAUUUAAUUCUGCUGACAGAAAAGUUCGAGGACUUAAGAGACGUCCUAAGAAAAUGGAAAUUCAAUCUAUUAAUACAUCUAAAAUUCUUGAAAUUAUAAAGGAUCAGGACGUUAAGCAUAGAUCUACUGAAUAUAAAUUUGCUAAAGAAAAUCUUUUAGUAAAAAAUUUAUUAAUCUCUGUCAGUAGUUAUACACCUGCAGCACGUGCGGGACAUACUGCUGUUCUCAUUGGCAAUAAACUCUAUUUCCUUGGUGGUCAAGUAAAAAUUGGACAAGGGACAAACGAAUUUUCAUAUCUUGAUUUGUCUGUACCUUUCGAUACGGCUACUGGACAACUGCCAUGGACAGAUCUUACAAACAUCUCAAGUUCAGUACCUGCUCAUUACGAGGGUCUCGCCGUCCUUAGUGGUGAUAAAUUGGUUCUUUACAGUGGUGUUGUUGGUAGUAGUCUUGCUGGUGGACCCCUUAUAUAUAUUUUCGAUACGCAAAAGCAACUAUGGAGUGUUCCGUUUAUCACAGGAACUGUGCCUUCAAGGCGCAAGACAGCGACAGCUGUCAUUGAUACUUCGGGUAAAAUGUACAUGUUUGGUGGUAGUAUGGAUAGUUCAACAGGAAGUUCUGUAUUCGCUUUUAGCAAUGAACUUGAUAUACUUGACACGGUGGGACUUUCAUGGUCGAUGGGAACGACGACUAAUUCACCUUCAGGAAGAGAUACUCAUUCAGCAACAUUGUUAAGCAAUGGUAUCAUUGUUUUUAUUGGAGGACACGAUACUGCAGAUUUUGUUAGCAUGAGCGAGCUUCCACUUUAUGAUACUAAACUCUCCGUGUGGUCUUCAAUGAAUACAAGUGGGAAUAUUCCUGACAAACGUGUAGGUCAUACAGCAGUUUUGGUAUCAGAUGGCCGUAUCAUAAUUUAUUCUGGGUGGAACUGGGCAAACAAUCUACAGCCUAUGCCUAUUGUUGCUAUAUUAAAUGUCACUGUAACUCCUUUUCAAUGGUCAGCACCGACAGUUUAUAAUACACCACCAAGGAUCUUAAUGACUCAUACAGCGACCUUGGCGGGCAAUUACAUGAUAGUUGCCUUUGGAAAAGAUCCUCACGAUGUAUAUAAUUCAGAUAUAACAAUAAUGGAUAUAAGAAACUACACAUGGCUCACAGCAUUCACACCAAAUAGCAUUAUGCUUGUUAAUCCCACUAUAACACUUGUAUCUAGUGGCAUCAAUGCCGGAUUGCUUGUUGGCUUAUUAAUAGGCGCUAUUGGCUUUGUAACCACUGUAAUUGUGACCGCGUUCAUGGUGUAUCGAUGGAAUAAGAGACGCAAAUAUAGACACGCGAUACCAACCGCAUGA